AUGGUUGAAUCUUCACGGUUGUGUUAUAUAAGGUCAAAUCAAAAAGCACUGAGAUGUGAGGCAUACAAAGGCCUCUCAGAUGCCUUGACCCGAGGUGAGAUUGAACCCAACACUCAAGGCAAAAGAAUCAUAUUACCAUCAAGUUUUACCGGCGGUGCAAGAUACAUGAUACAAAAUUAUCAAGAUGCUAUGGCGAUUUGUAGGUUUAUAGGUUAUCCAAACCUAUUUAUUACAUUCACAUGCAAUCCAAAAUGGCCCGAGAUAAAAUGGUUUUUGGACAAAAAGGAACUUGAAGUUAUUUACACAAUCGAAUUUCAAAAAAGGGGUUUACCACAUGCACACAUACUAUUAUUCCUUCAAAAGCAUGAUGGUUUCUCUAGCCCAACAUUCAUGGAUUCGAUCAUUUCAGCUGAGAUUCCGGAUAAGGUUACUGACUUGGUAUAUUCUCAUAAUCGAUAUCUACUACUGAAGUACAAAGCCCACAUUAAUGUUGAAUGGUGCAACCAAUCACGGUCAAUCAAGUAUUUGUUCAAGUACGUCAACAAAGGUAAUGACCGGGUUACAGCUGAGUUUUAUAAGACCACGACUGAUGAUAGCGGUAAUGAAGUUGUAGAUGAAAUCAACAUGUACUACGAUUGCCGAUACAUUUCAGCUUGUGAGACAAUGUGGCGCUUACUGAGUUUUGAGGUACAGUAUCGCUCACCACCUGUUGAGAGGCUAAGCUUUCACUUACCGGAUUGCCAAUCAGUUAUUUUUCAAGACGAUGAUAACAUUAAUCACGUUUUGAAUAGGGAAUCAGUUGCGCAAAGUAUGUUCAAUGGAUGGUUUGUAGCAAACCAAAAGUACCCACAAGCUAAACAAUUAAGUUACAUAGAGAUGCCUACAAAAUUUGUUUGGAAAAAGGACAUUCGUGAAUGGCAUCCAAGAAAGAAGGGUUUCGCCAUCGGUCGAAUAUUCUAUGUUCCACCAGCAUCUGGUGAGUUAUAUUAUUUGAGGUGCUUAUUGAACAUAGUACGUGGCCCCAAAACUUUUGAAGAUAUUAGGACACAUAAUGGAGUGGAGUAUGGUACAUUUAGGGAUGCAUGUUAUGCUCAAGGCAUGUUGGAUGAUGAUAAGGAGUACAUUGAUGCUAUAGUAGAAGCAAGCUUUUGGUCAACUGCUCAUUCAUUAAGGAAGUUGUUUGUAGUGCUUUUGACAUCGAGUUGCAUCAUUAGGCCAGAAUAUGUUUGGAAUGAGGUGUGGAAACAUUUGUGUGAGGAUGCUCAACAUGUUCAGAGAAGAAUUCUACAACAACCAGAUUUGUUUUUAACUGAAGAAGAAAAGAAGAACUUUGGGCUAAUUGAGUUGGAGAAAUUGUUGGAACAACAAAAUAAGUCUUUAAAGGACUACCACCCGAUGCCGAUCCCAGAAAUGGUUAACUCUACAUUGGUACGUAAUCAAUUGUUGUAUGAAGAAUUAUCAUAUGAUCAUGAGUUUUUAAAAAAUGAGGCUCAAGAGUUGUGUGGUAAGUUGACAGAAGAGCAAAGAUUGAUUUACAAUACUGUGCUAGACGACGUUUCCAGUCACCUGGGUGGUUUGUUUUUUGUUUAUGGUUACGGUGGUACUGGGAAAACAUUCAUGUGGCGAGCAUUAUCAUCUACAUUGCGUUCAAAGGGCCAGGUGGUUUUGAAUGUUGCAUCAAGUGGUAUAGCUUCGUUGUUGUUGCCUGGUGGACGAACUGCACACUCAAGGUUCGCAAUACCAAUAGCAAUAAACGAAGAUUCGACAUGUAACAUUAAACAAGGAAGUCAGUUAGCUGAUUUAUUGAUACAAACAAGUUUAAUAAUUUGGGAUGAAGCGCCGAUGAUGCACAAGUAUUGUUUUGAAGCACUAGACCGGACCAUGGGGGAUUUGUUGCGUUUUGUAGACCUGAACAGUUCCAACAAGACUUUUGGCGGCAAAACAGUCGUACUCGGUGGUGAUUUCCGUCAAAUACUACCCGUAGUCCCCAAAGGUACUAGGCAAGACAUAGUAGGUUCUACUAUCAACUCUUCGUACUUACGGGACAGUUGCAGGGUUAUGAAGCUAACACAGAAUUUGCGACUAAGCAAUGUCGAAAACCCCGACGAGCGCCGUACCGCAAAACAGUUUGCAGAUUGGAUUGCUGCAAUAGGCGAUGGAAAGAUUGGUGGCCAUAAUGAUGGUUAUGCUGAAGUAGAAAUACCUAGGGAUAUGUUACUACCUACCAAUGGUGACCAUAUUGAAACCAUUGUUCGGAGUACAUUUUAA